AUGGUACACUCACCCGCUUCUGACAGCCGCUCAAUAGGCAACGCUGCGGCGGGCGGCGCGACCAUUUUUGACGUCGACGACGACCUAGCGUCCACCGCGCCUCCGCACGCAGCUGCAUCCUCGCUCGCUCGCCAACACGCCGGCUCGUCAUCAACAUCCUUGGACACGCCACUCCCCUCGUACUCGAAUGCAGCCGCCACCGCCGCCGCCUCCAAUCGCACUCCGCUCCCGCUCAAGUCCACCACAUCGUCCAAAGAGGCGCAGUUCGAGGCCGACUCGGACGAGAUCGACGAGGAUGACGACCUCGUCGCCAUUCAGUCCUCGCACAUCGGUAUUGAAUCGUCUCGCGACCCCAUCUACUCGCGCACAGAUCGCGACAGUCCGCGCUCGCUCAUAGAUCGCAUCCCAGGUCAGGGCCGCUUUCGCGCCUCCAUCGAUGGACUUGGCCACGACCUCCGCGCCAUACGCCAAUCCCUCGGUGUCCCCGGCUGGGACGGAGAAGGUAUGCCCGACUGGCUCAAACGAGGCGCCGGCGUGUUUGACGCAACCGUCAACAUGGCCAACAGCAUCCUCGGCGCAGGCAUCGUCGGUCUGCCUUACUCUAUGCGAGAGUCGGGCUUCGUCGCCGGACUUGGACUGCUCAUCGGCCUCUCUUUCCUCACAGACUGGACGAUUCGCCUCAUCGUCCUCAACGCAAAACUCAGCGGUCGCAUCACCUACAUCGAAAUCAUGGAACACUGCUUCGGACCCAACGGAAAAGCAGCCGUAUCCAUCUUCCAGUUUGCCUUUGGAUUCGGCGGCAUGUGCGCCUUUUGCGUCGUGAUCGGCGACACCAUCCCACACGUCAUCAAAAUGCUCUUUCCGCCUUUGUCGGACAGCUUCUUGGCGAAUCGGCAGUUUGUCAUCACCUUCUUCACCCUCGCCAUCUCCUACCCGCUCUCCCUCUACCGCAACAUCGAAAAGCUCAGCAAGGCGAGUGCCAUCGCACUCGUCUCCAUGGUCGUCAUCAUCAUCGCAGUCACCGUUCGCGGUCCUGCUAUGCCCGCAGAGCUCAAAGGUGAUCCGAGUCUACGAUUCACCAUCGUCAAUGUGACCAACCUGGUCCGAUCCAUCUCGGUCAUCAGCUUCGCAUUCGUCUGCCACCACAACUCUUUGCUGAUCUACGGCUCACUGAAGGAGCCGUCGAUGAACAAGUUCGGACAAGUCACGCACUACUCGACCAUCAUCGCCGCUGCCGCCACCAUCACCAUGAGUGUGGCUGGAUACUGGAGUUUCGAGGAAAAGACACUCAGCAAUGUGCUCAACAACUUUCCGGACGAUGAUGUGACGGUCAACAUUGCGCGCGGACUGUUCGGCCUCAACAUGCUCACCACGCUGCCGCUCGAGUGUUUUGUGUGUCGCGAGGUGUUGGAGACCUACUUCUUCGCCGGCGAGUUCGACCGCAACCGACACCUCAUCUUUACCUCGAGCUUGGUGGUGACUGCCAUGAUCAUUUCGCUGCUCACGUGCGACUUGGGCAUUGUGUUGGAGCUCACGGGCGGACUCAGUGCGACGGCCUUGGCGUUCAUCUUUCCGAGUCUUUGCUACCUCAAGCUGACCAGCGAGACGGGCAAGCGCGUUCCGACGGCCGACCUGCCUACGCUGACGAGUUCGUCGUGGCGCGACCACCCCAACGCAGACCAAGGCGAGGGCGAGGGACUGAUGGACCAGUCGAAUUCGGUGGGGGAUCAGCGGCCCAUCCGAUCGGGCGAGUACGAUGCCGAGCCCCAUCUGGACCGCUUGGAAGGUCAGACGGCCAAUCGGGACUCGAUCGACGUAGACGACGUCGAGCUUCCACUUCGACCCGGUGCGAGCGUGCGCUUCCGACCCGCAGCAGCCAACCGCAAAUGGUGGCAGUCGACGCGUCCGCUGAGUGUGGCGUGUGCGAUCUUUGGCAGCGUCGUGCUGCUCAUCAGUGUGUGGACCGCCAUCUCUGACACGGCGAGCGGCAAGACGGGAGCCGUGCACGUCUGCUAG